UUCUGUGAUUCUGUAACUGCCGGGAGCUAAAAAAUGUGCUGCUGUAACACAGAAAGAGGUAUUUCGGAGGCAGAGCUUUUUAAAACAGACAGCACGGCUAAUCCUGUCAAAUGCCCCAUAGCAAGGUGUUGGAACAAGAUCAUCUUUAAGGUCCCUUUCAACCCAAACCAUUCUGUGAUUCUGUGAUUCUGUGAAACUUGAUUUGAGCGGGUCCUGCCGUUAGGUCAGUGAAGGAUCGCCUGUACUGACACGGGCCCGCGGGGUCUGUACUGCAUUGUCCUGCGCGCUGCGCCAACAGGAGCCGCGGCAGCCGGAGCCGUUCCGGCCUUGGUGAAACGCUGGGUCUCGGCGGGGUGAGGACUCGGCCCGUGGCCCCUCCAGCGGCCCCGAACGCUCCUCCCAGCGCCGGGCCCGGGGCGGGCUCAGCGGGGCGGGUUCACCGCGCACCCACCGCGCCUCGGCGGCUCCGGGGCGGCUCCGCGGGGACAGGCGGGGCUCGGGGCUCGGGCCGCGAUGCUGCCGGCGCUGCCGGACGGCGAUGAGCGGGAGCUGGAGAGCAGCGAGGAGGGCGGCGGCGCGGGCGAGGAGCGGCGGCCGGAGCGGCACGGCAGCACCUACCACGGCCUCUACGGCUACCGCAGGUCCGCGCAGGGAGCGGCCGGCGGGGAUGGCGGGGCCGGGGCACACACCCCCUCCACCGAGGACUUCAGCCUCACCUUGCUGGACACGAACUUACCAGCUGAAGCGGAGACAGAAUUGCGCGGUUUUAUCGCCAAGCGCCUCACUAAGGGAGCCCUGUUUGAAGGGAUGGGCAGCGUAGCCUCGGUGGGGCUCAGCAUACCAGAAAGCAAAGUUGGUUGUUACUACUGUCGUUUCCAACAAGAAAAUCUUCUAGAAAUGGGGACACUGGAAUCGGACGCCAAUGCUCCAGAAUAUGUGGUCUGUUUCUUAGGUGGCUCAGAGAAAGGUCUGGAACUUUUCAGACUUGAGCUGGACAAAUACAUUCAAAGUCUGAAGAUAAACCUUGAUUUGGAGCAAAAGAACUUGGAGAGCUGUGUGAGCCCCUACUUGAGGAGCUGGUUUGAGGAUGCCAUCUGCCCGAUCCAGAGGGUAGUGCAGCUCUUCCAGGACAAACUGGCCUCUCUGUUACAUGCUGCUUUGAGUUAUACUCCUGUAGAAGUAAAAAAUGCAGAUGAAAGAACAGAAAAGGACAUCAGCAGGUUCCUGGCAGCUGCCAGCCUGCAAGGACUGGUCCAGGAAGGCACAAUGACCUCCCUGUGCAUUGCCAUGACCGAGGAGCAGCACAAGUCCCUGGUUAUAGACUGCAGUGCAGCUCAGCCCCAGUUACACAAUGCAGGGAGCAACAGAUUCUGUGAGGACUGGAUGCAGGCUUUUGUGAACGGUGCUGAAGGUGGCAAUCCAUUUCUCUUCCGGCAGAUUUUGGAAAACUUCAAACUGAAGGCCAUCCAGGACAUUAACAACCUGAAGAGGUUUAUCCGCCAGGCUGAGAUGAACCACUAUGCCCUGUUCAAGUGCUACCUGUUCCUGAAGAACUGUGGCAGUGGAGACAUCCUCCUGAAGAUUGUCAAAGUGGAGCAUGCAGAGAUGCCAGAAGCCAGGAAUGUAGUGACCGUCCUCGAGGAAUUCAUGAGAGAAACAGCAGUGGCUUAAAAUUACCUUACGUAUAAAUCAUUCAUUUCUUCUGUGAAGCUAUUGCAGAAUUUUUAAUUUAUAUUUAAAAGUAUUACCCAAGUCAAACUUAAGUUGCAGCUUCACCUGCCUUUUGUCUUUUUCAGAUGAAGCUUUUUAAUGUGUAAAUAUCAGAUCAUACAAACUCUGGCAUAGUUUUUAGUGCUUACCAGAUUGUCCAACUGACUUGCUCCUCUUCUGAGGAAAUCAUGAUGUUUGUUUUUUACAGUCACUACAUGAAAGAAAACCCAAACCCAAAUCCCUUACCUGGCAAGCAUUUCAGUGUUUUUAAUAUUUUAAAUGUCUUCAAAAUUAUCGUGUGUAAUCAUUAGGAUCUGGCUACUUUGUUUUAAUAAAGGAGCACAAACAU